AUGCUGCCGGCGACCAUGCGAUCCGCCGUCACUCUCGCCCUGCGCCCCUGCGCCCGUGGCCUCACGGCCAAGUCGCUGCCCUCACAUGGCGCCCUCGUCCGCCGAAGCUUCCUGAUCGCACCUAGCUACAAGUCGCGGGUCGCCGUGCGUGGCUUUGCUGCGACAGCCACCGCCAGCAAGACCACGGGCCGGACCGCCGCGAAGGCUGCGACCAAGCCCAAGCCCAAGCCCAAGGCAAAGGCAAAGGCCACAACGACUAAGGCCAAGAAGACCGCGAAGGCGCCAGCAAAGAAGGCCGCGGCAAAGCCUGCGGCUGGCAGGAAGAAGAAGGAAAUCUCCCCCGAGAAGCGGAAGGUGUUGCUGCGGCGUGAACUCAAGAAGAAGGCCAUGCUGAACCAGGAGCCCAAGAACCUGCCUACGAAUCCUUGGUUGGUCUUCUCGACCACGGCUUUGAAGGCGCAGGCGGGCGGGGUCAGCGUGAUUAGCAGCAGGGUGCCGGCCCUCGCUGCCGAGUUCAAGAAUCUCUCAUCUUCCGAGCUCGAGCGUCUGCGGGAGACUGCGAUACAGAACAAGGCGAUAAAUGCAGGCAACUACAAGACAUGGGUUGAGAGCCACUCCGUAGCCGACAUCAUCGCGGCGAACCAGGCCCGCCUGCGCCUCAAGCGCGAAUGCGACGUAACUGCGCACCCCCUCAAGAUCGUUGACGAACGUGUGCCCAAGCGACCUGCGACCAACGGCUUCGCUUAUUUCACCAAGGCCAAGCGCGCCGAUGACCCUCACGCAGCCAUUGGGGCAUUUGCGAAGCAAUUGUCCCAGCAGUGGAGGACUCUGUCGGAGGCUGAGAAGAGGCCGUAUGCUGACCUGGCAGCUGCUGAGUGGGCCAAGUAUUCAAAGGCAAUGGAGAAGUUCUCGCUUUGA